CAGGUGGAAGGAGUCCAAUCUUUGAACACCCUGAUACAAGGAUUGUUCUGCUAGGAAAGAAUGUAACAGAAAACUGUACAGUGGGAAACAUUAUACUGGGUGCAGCAGCAUUUGACAGUGAAGCUCGUUCAUCUUAUUUACAGCAGCACAGUGAGAUAAUCAGUGGAGAGGUGGAGAAGAGACACAUCACAGUCAUCAACUCUUCUCACCUGUUCCAGCCACAUCUCUCCCACCAUCAGAUCACACAGAGAGUAAGAGAGUGUGUGUCUCUGUCUGCUCCAGGACCUCAUGUGAUCUUACUUGUACUGCAGUAUAAUGACUUCAGUGAGGAGGACAGAAACAGAGUGAAAACUGUGCUGAAACUCUUCAGUGAGAAGGCCAUUAAACACACUAUAGUGGUGACUACUGAUGAAGAGACACGCACAUUUGUGUAUUAUAAGAACACAAAUAAUGCUAUUCAUGAUUUAAUUAAAGAGUGUGAAGGAAGACAUCUUCAGUUUGAUUCAAGAAACACAGGAUGGCGCUCUGAGAUGCUGAGAAGGACAGAGGAGAUACUGAAGAAAGAACAUGAAGAAUUUCUCAUCUGUAACAUGUAUGAGGAUAUAGAUUAUGGAUCAUCAGUGGAUGAAGAUCCGAGCAGAUCUGGAGGUUCAGUCCAAGGAGACGACAAAGAAGAGGAGGAUUCUGAUCUCAAUGAGAGCAUAAAAACAGGAAAUGAUGGAGGAGUGACUACUUCUGGAAAAUCAAAGCUGAACUUUGUGCUGUGUGGAUAUAAUACAACACUCAAGACCUCAGUGUCUAAAAUGUUUAGAGGGACAAUAAAUAAAAAAAUUAAUAAAUAUUUACAUCAGAAAGAGAAGAGAAAUGUGUGUGUGAAGAUAGAGGAGAAGAUUCAUGGACGGCAGAUCACUGUAAUAGAGCUUCCAGCUCUCACUCGGCUCUCAGAGGAGGAAGUGAUGCGGGAGACUCUCCGGUGUUUGAUUCUCGGUGAUCCUGGAGUUCAUGUUUUUGUCCUUGUUAUUCCCAGCAGUCCACUUACUAAAGAAGACAAAGCAGAAUUGGAGAAGAUCAACAGAAUAUUUUACUCAAAAGAGCACUUCAUGGUGCUUUUCAUGGCUGAACACACUGUUAACAAAAAUGUGACAGAUUUUGUAGCAUCUGCAGAAUCUCAGAAGGUCGUGAGUCUCUAUGGGAGUGGGCACAAUGUGAUGGGGUUAAAGGACAAUAAAAACUCGGGACAGAUCUCAGACUUGCUAGAUUGUAUAGAGAGAAUGAAGACUGAACCCUAUUCAUUUCAGACGUAUAUGAGAGCUCAAGAGAAGAGAAUCAGGCAUGAACUAGAGGAGAAACUGAGUGCGAGAGAGAAUGAAAUCAAAGAGUUACAGGAGAAGAUCAAGACACUGGCUCCGGAAGGUGUGAAGCUGAAUCUGGUUGUAUGUGGGAGUGACAAAAGAUUAAAAUCCAUCAUAUCAAACCUGAUCCUGAACCAGAGUGAGAGAGGAUCAGAGCUCAGCUCAGAGUGUGUGAGGAGAGACGUGAAGGUGUGUGAACAUCUGAUCUCUCUGGUGGAGCUUCCAGCUCUGAUCAAGACUCAGCUCUCAGAGGAGGAAGUGAUGCGUCAGACUCUCCGCUGUGUGUCUCUCUGUGAUCCUGGAGUUCAUGUGUUCCUCAUUAUUAUUCCUGAUGGUCCACUUAAUAAUGAAGACAGAGCAGAAAUGGAGAAGAUCCAGAAGAUAUUCAGCUCAAGAAUUGACAAACACAUCUUGAUCCUCAUACACCAGAAUCCAGAGCAUCAGACAGCAGAACUGAAUGAAGAAACACAGUCUGUCAUUGAGAGUUUUGGAGGACGGCAUCAUUUCAUUGGCCCAAACACACAAGUGUCCAUGUUGAUGGAGAGACUGAUGCAGAUGGUUGAGGCAAAUAGUGGUGUUUGUUUCUCCACAGAGACAUUGUUGGAGGCACAGAUGGAAAAACUGCUGAAAUUUGAAGAAAUGAACAAGAGAAUCCAAUCAUUAGAGACGUGGUUUCAGUCACAAGAUUCAAGGGACAGUGCAGAUGAUCUGAGGAUUGUGCUGCUGGGAAAAACUGGAGUUGGGAAGAGUGCAACUGGAAACACAAUCUUAGGAACAGAAGAAGCAUUUAUAUCAGACACAUGUCAAAAGUCUAUUACUAAAGAGUGUCAGAAAGAGACAGCUGAAAUCAAUGGCAGACACAUUACUGUGAUUGACACUCCAGGACUGUUUGAUACUGAACUUACUAAUGAAGAGAUCCAGAAGGAAAUUACUAACUCCAUCUCCAUGAUUCUGCCUGGACCACAUGUGUUUCUCUUACUGAUACCAGUGGGACGAUUCACUCGAGAAGAAGCAACAGCAGUGAAGAUCAUCCAAGAGACGUUCGGUGAAAACUCUUUAAUGUACACCAUGGUACUCUUCACCAGAGGAGAUGAUCUGAAGAAAAAGACAAUUGAACAGUGGCUGGAAAAUCCUGAACCUGCCCUUAAAAACCUGAUUAAAGCAUGUGGAAACAGAUACCAUGUGUUCAAUAAUAAUCAUAUUGGAGACCGAACACAGGUGUCUGAACUACUGAAGAAGAUAGAUGACAUGGUGAAAGAAAACGGAGAUAGUUACUACUCAUGUGGGAUGUUUAGAAAGAUGGAAAGAAAAAUACAAGAACAACAAAUGAUGAUUCAGAUGGAGAGAGUGGAACAACUGAACAGAGAAAAAAAAGAACUGAUGAACAAACAUGAAGAAGAGAAAAAGAGUAUCAAGAUGAUGAUGGAGGAAGACAUACAAAAUCAAAGAAAGAGAAGAGAAGAAGAAUUUAGAGAGAGAGAAGAACGAUAUAAACAAGACAUUAAAGACAUAGAGGAUCAAGAGAGAAAGAUGCGAGAGGAGAUGAAGAGAGAACGAGAGGAAUGGGAGAGACAGAAACAAGAGGAAAGACGAAGAAGAGAAGAAGAGGACGAGAGAAGGAGAAAGAAAGAACAGGCAAUGUGGGAUGAAUAUAAUCAGAGACUUAAACAAGCGAUAGAAAGAAGACACGGAGAGAGAGAGGUUCUUCAGUCCAAAUAUGAAGAAGAGAGAGAGAGAAUGAAGUUGAUGAUGGAGGAAGAAAGACAGAAUCAUGAUAAAGAGAGAAAGAGAAGGGAAGAGGAAUUUAGAGAGAGAGAAGAACGAUAUAAAAAAGACAUUAAAGACAUAGAGGAUCAAGAGAGAAAGAUGCGAGAGGAGAUGAAGAGAGAACGAGAGGAAUGGGAGAGACAGAAACAAGAGGAAAGACAAAGAGAAGAAGAAACACAUAAUACAGACAUAUACAGUCAAGAUGAUGAAGAUUCAGGAUGUUUGAGAAUCUUGCUGUUUGGGAGGACAGGAAAUGGAAAAAGUGCCACAGGAAACACUAUCCUCGGAAUAGAUGCGUUUCGCAGUGAAGAUAAUAAAAAUUUGGUGACCACUACUUGUAAAGAGGAAGUUGUUGAAGUUGAUGGUAAAGCAGUAGCUGUUGUUGAUACUCCAGGACUCUUUGACAUGACAGUGUCAAAAGAAAAAGUGGUAAAAGAAAUAAUGAAUUGUGUUUCACUGUCUGCACCUGGACCUCAUGUGUUCAUUAUUGUGUUGAGUUUGGGAAGAAUCACUCAAGAGAAGCAAGACACUUUAGAGAUGAUAAAGAAGAUCUUUGGCCCAAAAGCAGCAGAGUUCAGCAUUGUUCUCUUCACAAGAGCAGACGCUCUGCAAGAACAAACAAUAGAUCAAUAUAUAGAGAAGAGUAACAAUGAUGAACUCAAGAAACUGAUCAGUGACUGUGGAAACAGAUUCCUGGCUUUUAACAACAGAGAAACACAAGAUCGGACACAAGUUACUGAGUUAUUAAACAUGAUAGAAGAGCUGAAGGAAUCUAAUGAGGGACGAUACUUCACUAAUGAGAUGUUUGAAGCAGCGAUCUCCAUUGAAAAAAAAAUGGAAAUGCUAGAAGAGAAUAAAAGAAAAAAUCAGGCUCAAGUUGAACAAUUAGAAACCAAAUAUGACACAGAAAUCAAAAACAUGAGAAAAAAACUGGAGGAGAAGAAACAAAAGACAGACGAGGAAAGAGUGAGGCUGGAGAAUAAGUUCAGAGAAAAAGAGGAAACACUGAGGAGAGAGUUUGAGGAGAAAGAAAGAUCAGAGCGGGUGAAACAAGAGGAGGAAGAUCAGAAACGAUCAGAAGAGGAAGAACAGCGAAGAGCUGAAUAUGAUCAAAGAAUAGAUGAGAUGGAGAGAGAGACUGAAAAUCAGAGAUUACAGUAUGAAAAACUGCAAAAAGAAAGAGAAGAGGAAGACAGAAAGAGAGAAGAAGAAUACAAACAAGAUCAAGAAAAGAUGAAAAAUGAGCAAGAGCGCAUCCUGGCAGAGUUAAGAAAAAAACAAGAAGAGGAAAUGAUAGAGGAGGAAAGAGAAAAACAGAAAAGAGAGAGAGAAGAAAAAGAGGAAGAGAGAAAUGAAAUGAAAAGACGUUAUGAGCAGCUGGAGCGAGAGAGGAAAGAGGAGUGGGAGAGAAGAAAACAAGAGGAUGAAGAGAGAAGAAGGGAGAAGAGAAAGAGAUGGGAGAAAAUGAUGGAAGACCUGAAACAAGAUCAAGAAGAAGAGAUUGAAAGAAGAGAAAGAGAGGAGAGAGAAAGAAUGGAAAGAGAAGAAAAAGAGUUUCAAAGAAUUGAACAGAAACAUGAAGAGGAAAUAGAGGAGAUGAAGAAGAAACAUCAAGAUGAGGCCAGAAAACAAGAAGAAGAACUGAAUGAUUUCAUUAAGAGAGAAGAGUUCAAGAAGAGACUUGUACAACUAUAUGAAGAGAAAAAGAAACAAGAAAAACGGUGUCAUGUCAUGUGAAACAGAUUUAAAUAUUAUUGAUGAGCCAAAAAAUUAGCCCUUGUCUUCUGUAGUAUAUGUGAAGUGGUUUCUGCAUUUCUCUUUCUCUCUAUUCACUUGAUCAUGGCUCUUCACGUCAGCUCCUGUCCUGCAGAGUUUAAUCGUAAACCUGCACCUACACACCUGCUGCUCAUUAAGUGAUCCUGAAGACUGUCAUGAAGGUGCUUGAUUAGAAUUGGAGCUCUACAGGACUCAUGUCUCAUCUAACAGUUGUCCUAACUAACACUUUUUAUUUCACUUAAUGCACAACAAUUUGUUGAUUUUAAUUGUAAAACGUGUAAUCUGUACUAUCUGCGUACUAAAACCCAAGUCAAAAUAAAUUAAUUAUAUUAAGCAGAAAUUUCAAUGAGUUACAGCAGAUUUCUAGUUCCUGAAUGCUUUGCUCCAGACUCUAGGAGUAAAGGUUGAAACGAACUGUUAUUUUAUGUGUUUUUGCACAAUAUUAACAUGGGGUAGAUCUGUUAGUGUUUAAUGUUCUGUUAUGUUUGGUUUUAAACGGGUUUCUGUGAUGUCUGCAUUUUGGGGAGGUUACCAUGGUGCUGAAGAGUAGAGUAGAGUAGAUAGAAUAGAAUAGAUUAGAGUAGAAUAGAGUAGAAUAGAAUAGAGUAGGGUAGAGUAGAGUAGAAUAGAAUAGAGUAGGGUAGAGUAGAGUAGAAUAGAAUAGAGUAGAAUAGAGUAGAGUAGAAUAGAAUAGAGUAGAGUAGAGUAGAGUAGAAUAGAAUAGAGUAGAAUAGAGUAGAGUAGAAUAGAGUAGAACAGAGUAGAAGAGAAUAGAUUAGAGUAGAGUAGAAUAGAGUAGAAUAGAAUAGAGUAGGGUAGAGUAGAGUAGAAUAGAAUAGAGUAGAAGAGAGCAGAGUAGAAUAGAAUAGAGUAGAGUAGAAUAGAGUAGAGUAUAAUAUAAUAGAAUAGAGUAGAAUAGAAUAGAGUAGAAUAGAGUCGAGUAGAGUAGAAUAGAAUAGAAUAGAGUAGAAUAGAGUAGAGUAGACUAGAGUAGAGUAGAAUAGAAUAGAGUAGGGUAGAGUAGGGUAGAGUAGAGUAGAACAGAAUAGAAUAGAGUAGAGUAGAAUAGAGUGGAGUCGAAUAGAAUAGAGUAGAAUAGAGUAGAGUAGAAUAGAGUAGGGUAGAGUAGAGUAGAAUAGAAUAGAGUAGAAGAGAGCAGAGUAGAAUAGAAUAGAGUAGAGUAGAAUAGAGUAGAGUAGAAUAGAAUAGAAUAGAAUAGAGUAGAAUAGAGUCGAGUAGAGUAGAAUAGAAUAGAAUAGAGUAGAAUAGAGUAGACUAGACUAGAGUAGAAUAGAAUAGAGUAGGGUAGAGUAGAGUAGAACAGAAUAGAAUAGAGUAGAGUAGAAUAGAGUGGAGUCGAAUAGAAUAGAGUAGAAUAGAGUAGAGUAGAAUAGAGUAGAGUAGAGUAGAAUAGAAUAGAGAAGAGAGUAGAAUAGAAUAGAGUAGGGUAGAGUAGAGUAGAAUAGAAUAAAGUAGAGUAGAGUAGAAUAGAAUAGAGUAGAAUAGAAUAGAGUAGAAGAGAGUAGAGUAGAAUAGAAUAGAGUAGAAUAGAGUGGAGUCGAAUAGAAUAGAGUAGAAUAGAAUAGAAUAGAGUCGAAUAGAGUAGAGUAGAAGAGAGUAGAGGAGAAUAGAGUAGAAGAGAGUAGAGGAAAAGAGAGUAGAGGAGAAUAGAGUAGAAUAGAGUAGAGUAGAAUAGAAUAGAGUAGAGAAGGAUAGAGUAGAAUAGAAUAGAAUAAAAUAGAGUAGAGUAGAAUAGAGUAGAGAAGAAUAGAAUAGAAUAGUGUAGAGUAGUAGUUAGGCCGAGGAACAUUAAGAGUAUAUACUGCUCUAUUUAAAAAGCAGUAACUAUUUGUUGAUACAAUCAGUUUGCAUGGCUGUAACAUGUAAUUCAGAUCACUGUUCAAGUAAAUAGAACUGAAAAAUUACAAGUUGCAGGAAAUGUUACAUUAGUUAACUUAAAUGAGUUAACAACAUGAAUGAAUACAAAUCCAGCAUAUUUAACUUAAAAUGUAGUAUUUGUUGUAACUAAAAAAGUUAAGGCAAUCAGUUUGUGUGUUUUUUUAAAGGUUAAACUAAUUAGAUUCUACAAUAAAGUAAUCAUAAAAAUGAAUUAUCUCUUGGUAGAUUUUAAAACGUGAUGAAACAUUAAUUAUAGCAGACCUUAAAAGAUAAAAAAAAAAAGAAACCAACUCAAAGAGUGCAAGAAAUAACUGAACUAAGAAACUAAAAAUGCCUGAUUCUGCUAUUCUUUUAAUGCAUAAUCUGAAUUCUUAAUCCAUUUUACUGUUUUAAGAUGUCUUUUCCUUUGUUUUCUCUGUUUAUUCGGUAUAUUUGAUCAUAUCAGUUAUUACUGAAAGAAAAUAUUGUCAAAGUUAGUAGUGGACUUCCAUAAAGAAACACAAGAGUUAUCUGAGGAGGAUUCUUAAUAGUAACAAGUGUGUGUGUGUGUGUGUGUGUGUGUGUGUGAGUAGCUUCAAGAGAGCAACCAUACAUCUGUGUUGUUUUAUUUUCUUUGAUUUGAUUUUAUUCAUUUAAUCAUUUAUAAUCAUUUAAUCAUAUGAUCAUUUUUCAUGUCAUUACUCAAUUUAAUCAUAUGAUCACAAAUUGUAACCAUUUAAUCAUUGUGCUACUAUUUUUCCAGCUCUUGCAUUGCUUGCUAUUGUUGUUUAAUCAUGAUUGUGUUCUCAAGGGAUGUUGGUCUUCAUGAGUAAGAGAUAAGAGAAUGUCUCCAUAUCAAGGUUUUAACGUCACAGGAUGAUGUUGUGAAGCAGUUAUUUUCUAUAGCUUUUGCUUUGAUAUAACACUUGAUGUAUGUGUGUCACAACAGACUGGGCCGUCUGACCAAUCAGAGCAGAGAUGUGUGAGAAUGUACUAUAUUCUAUCUCUCUAUUUUAUCUUUCUGUAUCUUACUAAAGGGCUAGGGUCCCUUUUCAGAAAAUGCAAUUUGCAAGACCUGUUUCCUGUUUUGCUGUCAGAGGUGAAGAACUGGAAACAAGAACUGUCUGCUUGCUUAAACACCCACUUACUAUAAAGAUUGAGAGACUCAGACUCUCUCAGCUUCUUCUUCUUCCACUCUGUUCUCUCUACUGAUCCACAAUAAAGAACAUUGAUAUUCUCCA